AUGUGGUCAAAACUGUUUACAACUGUGAAAUACACAUUAGUGACGGUUAAUUUUAUAUUUCUGAUCACUGGUAUUAUAGUUCUGUCGGUCGGCGCUUCGGUACAAUCUGCUUACAAUGGUUACCAUCCGUUCUUAUCUGAGAGAUUUUUCUCACUGCCAGCGUUCUGCAUCGCAACCGGUGUUAUUAUAUUCCUGAUCGCAUUUUUUGGAUUCUAUGGAGCCUACACAGAGAACUACAUUAUGAAUAUGGCGUUUGCGGCAGCCAUGAUUCUCAUAUUCGUGUUCCAACUGUCCGCAUGCAUCGCUGGAUAUGCUCUGAGGAGUAAUACUGUGCCGUUGGUGCAGCAGCAGCUUAUGACGACCCUUGACUUGUAUGGUCCUGCCGGGAGCGUUGAAGUGACAAGGCUUUGGGAUCAAGUACAAGAGGAUUUCGAAUGCUGCGGUGUGGUGAACGCGAGCGAUUGGAUAAUACCCCUGGGCACACAGGAAACAAAUGGUCUGCCAAUCAGCUGCUGUAAUCAUAUUUACGGAACUGUCCAAACAUUCAAUUGUACAGUCGACUUUGCAUCUCGCGUCGGAUGUUCCGAGGCGUUCGGUAACUGGGUGCAGUCGCAUGCAGCCAGUAUCGGUGCAGCUGGUGUUUUUCUAGUAUUAAUGCAGGCUUUAGCUGUGGCAGGAGCGUUAUGGAUGGCCAAAAUAUCAAGAGAAGAGCGAGGAGCAUAUCCCUAA